GAUCCUGAACUAUUUGAACAACUCUAUCUUCUUUCGCACGUAAUCUUUACGAUGCUCAAGAUUAUUUUUACAGUUAGAUUUUCUCCACUCCUGAAUUAUCAGAAAAGCUGAUUAGAAAAAAAAGUUCAACCAGGCUAAAGGUUGCCGAAUCAUACGCGCCAUUGCUCCUGUCCACGCAAAUAAUCCGGAGUAGUUAUCUGUCUCCUGUUGCGGUAAGCCGCCACUCCGAUUUUCCACCGUUACAACCCAAUCCAUUCACAGCAUCUGUAACGGCUUUUCCUGCCUAGCUACCAUGGCCACACACCGCCACUGGCUGCUGCUGCUCUUCCUCCCUUGGGCCCUCCUCUCCCGCCGCGGCGCGCAGCCUCCCGACGCCCUGUACCCUGUCGUGCUGCUCCCGGGCAACACCUGCAGCCAGCUCGAGGCGCGCCUCACGGACGCGUACGAGCCGCCGCCGGAGUCGCCGCAAUGCGGCGCGGGCAGCAACGAGCGCGGCCGCUGGUUCCGCCUGUGGAGGAACGCCACGGCCAUGGACGACCCCGCCGUCGCGCCGUGCCUCGCCGACCAGCUCCGCGUCGUCUACGACCCCGCCGCCCGCGACUUCCGCAAUGAGCCGGGCGUGGAGACCCGCGUCCUCGGCUUUGGCUCCACCGCCGACUUCCUCGCCGACACCGAAGCCAACAAAGACCUCUGCAUGGGGAGGCUCGUCGAGGCGCUGCAGCAGGCCGGGUACCGCGACGGAGAGACGCUGUUCGGCGCGCCGUACGACUUCCGCCAGGCUCCCGCGGCGCGGGGGCAGCCGUGCCGUGCCUUCGCGCGGUUCACCCGGCGGCUCAGGGCGCUCGUGGAGCGCGCCAGCAGGGAGAACGGCGGCAGGCCCGUCGUCAUCGUGUCGCACAGCCAGGGCGGCUACUUCGCGCUGGAGUUCCUGAACCGGAGCCCGCUGCCCUGGCGCCGGAGGUACGUCAAGCACUACGUCAUGGCGUCCACGGGCGCCGGCGGGUUCCUGCUCCCCCUGCGGAACCUCGCGUCCGUGCCCCGCGACGCGCUGGAGGCCCCCGACGCGCUCGUGGCGCUGCCGUCGCCGGCGGUGUUCGGUCCCGGCACGCCGCCGCUGGUCGUCACGCGCGCCAGGAACUACACGGCGCGGGACAUCCCGGAGUUCCUGGCGGCGAUCGGAGUGCCCCCGCUCGGGGUCACGCUGUACGAGACGCGGGCGCUCCCCCUGCAGCUCGGCUUCCGGGCGCCGGUGGUGCCCACGACCUGCAUCAACGGCGUCGGCCAGCCCACGAUGGAGCAGCUCGUGUACUGGGACGGCAACUUCAGCGAGACGCCGCAGGUGGUGUACGGCGACGGCGAUGGAUUCUUACCCGUGGCGAGCAUAGUGGCCCUCGACACCGUCAUCGGUGGUGACCCGAGGCAGGAGUACUACAAGUCUAUCAAGCUUGCCGGCACGUCUCACGCUGGCGUUGUCUCAGAUGCUGCGGCUUUGAAGCGUGUCGUCGAUGAGAUUCUUUGGAGCCCUCCAAUAUGAGCAAGUCUGUCAGAGACCAACUCUAUCGCCUGUUUUUUUUUUUCUUUUGGCAGCCAAUCGAUUUGGAAGUAUUGCCUAUGUCCGAAAACACAAUACCACUAAAUCAAAUUCCCUACGCCCCGUUCCAAAAUUAUACUUUUUAUAUUUUUACUAGAUAGUUUACUUUUAUUAGAUAUAUAGAGAGAGUGCGCGCGAGAGACUGAUAGCAUAGUAAAAUCAUAUAUCUAGAGAGGCCAAGAUGUAUUGUAAUUUGGAAUGGAAGGAGUAACCGAGUAAGAGCUAAUACCCUGUUGUAUACUCUAGCUUACAUGUACAACGUCAUUUAAUAUAAGGUCUUUUAGAGA